CAAUAAAAAACUAUUGAAAGAAAAAAAAAAAAGACACACAUUAACCUCUUCCAUAUUAAAAGUCCAAAUCACCCCCUUUCCUAUAUAAAAACAUGUAAACAUAAUAAUAAUAAAUAUAUUUGGUAUAUCUGCGUGCGUAGUUGUACAAACUAUUAAAAUAUAACAUUUUGUAUCCCGUACGGUAAAUGACGGAAAUGUAAAAAAAAAACCAGAAAAAAAACUGACAGUUGCAAUUUAAGUUAAAAGUGAUUAAAAAGUAAGAUCAAGUAAGAUCAAUACCAAAAUGGUACCAAUACAAAAAACAGAUUAUGGCGCAAAAAAUGAGCCCUCAUACAGCCUGGUAUAAAAGAAAUUAAAUAAAAAAGAAAGCUACAGUGGUCAGAAAAUGACGAUAAAAAAAAAAAAUUCAAAAAAGUUCAGAAUUUUUGUUUUUAUAAGUUAGAUAUAACAGAAAUUACAAAAAUGAUAUUGGUAUCAAAACAACAUGUUGGCUCAACCACAAGGUAAAUGGCGUAGAAAAGAAAAAACACCAAAUCUGCAAAAUGAUCUUUUACUAUUUCUAUUUCACUUUACCAAUAUUUUUUUGAUUCGGAGAAUAUGUUAUGGAACAAUUUAAAAGGUUUCAUUAUAGUAGUUAGUUAUGGCUAUUAUAGGGCGAGGAGGAAAAAACGAGAGCGUAAAAGCAAAAAUCGGCCCCGACAAGUGGAUCGUCAUGAGGGACAAGAAGACUGGGCUCUGUUUUUGUCCCGUGGACAAGUAGUUUUAUCUUUCUUUUUAUUUCCACACCCCUGUAAAUCCCUAAAUCUAUAUAAAGCCACAAUUGUACACACGACACCAAUCUAGUCACAUAACAAUGAGGGAGUAAUUAACCCCGAGUUAUACAUCAAUAACCACAAUAUAUCAACCCAAAUGAAUCAGCAGAAUAACAUGAACAAUGAAGAUGGAAUCAAAUAAUACAAUAAAACACAAGAUUAUUAGUGAGCAGAUAUUUCCUCUAUGUGACACCCAAUGACUUCACUUAGACAUUACUGAUUAACCCAAAUCUGAUCCGUACAUUAGGUAGUUAUACAUUGUAUUUAUACCCGUAUACCAUUGCCUAUAUACCUCUCAUACCCAAAUGGCCCCUCCCUUUCACUAUGGACCCUAAGGGGUUAUAUUAUGAAGACCAAUAUAUAUAAAGGAAAGUGUCACCAUGUUAUGUUCUCGUCUUCAGAUCUAUAGAAUUCUCCUGGAUGACCCAUCAACCAUGGAGAGAGACAGGAACAAGAUGGCCGACAGGAUCAUAAACCUCACCCUACAGAUACUCUUCCGGCUUACUGGAGAGGAUUACACAGUAGUGAAGAAGUCCUCUAGUGGGCGCUGUCGGGCCCCUGUGUGUGAAGGAUGGGGAAGAACCCUGAGCCCAAUCCCGGGGCCCCCACCUCACUCCCUGAUACAUGAGGAAAUGGAUGAACAGAAGAUCCGAGAACUCAUCAACAAGAUGAUGGAGCUGCUGACUGGAGAGGUUCCUAUAAGGUGUCAGGACGUGGCGGUCUAUUUCUCCAUGGAGGAGUGGGAGUAUGUAGAAGGACACAAGGAUCAGUACAAGGAUCAGGUCAUGAUGGGGGAUCAGCAGCCCCUCACAUCACCAGUCAGAUCCAGUAAGAGAACAGCACCAGAGAGGUGUCCCCGUCCUCUUCUUCCACAGGAUGAUCAGGGAGAAAAUCCGAACAAUAUUAAUGAUCCAGAGACAGAUGUGAGCAGUGAUAAGAAGUAUAAGGAGGACAUUCCUACAGGGAAAGAUCUGAUCAAUAUUAAUACGACAGACAUAAAGGAAAAAGAGACAGAUGUGAGCGGUGAUGAGCAGUAUAAGGAGGACAUUCCUACAGGGAAAGAUCUGAUCAAUAUUAAUACUACAGACAUAAAGGAAGAAGAGACAGAUGUGAGCGGUAAUGAGCAUUAUAAGGAGGACAUUCAUUCAGGGAAAGAUCUGAUCAAUAUUAAUAAUAUAUACAUAAAGGAAGAAGAUGAAGAAGAGACAGAUGUGAGCGGUGAUGAGCAGUAUAUAGAAGACAUUCCUACAGGGAAAGAUAUGACCUAUAUUAAUGCUACAGACAUAAAGGAAGAAGAAGAGACAGAUGUUAGCAGUGAUGAGCAGUCUAAGGAGGACAUCCCUACAGGGAGAGAUCUGAACUAUAUUAAUACUACAGACAUAAAGUUAGAAGGAGAAGAGACAGAUGUGAGAAGUGAUGAGCAGUAUAAGGAGGACAUUCUUAAAGGUAUCUACCCAGAUUCUUCCACCAGGAGAUCAGAGGAGAAUCUUAUAUCUUCAGAUUAUAAAGUAGAUGAUGAUACACAAGAUACAUAUGAAGAACAUUCCAUUAUGCCAGAUAUAGCCCUUUAUAGCAAAGGAUCAUCUGAUCCUUUUAUACAGUUCCUAUAUUCUGAUUUAUCAGAGUUUGUAAAGAAGAAGUUUGAAAAAAAGAAGAAGUCAUUUUCAUGUUCAGAAUGUGGGAAAGGUUUUUUACAUAAAUCAAGCCUUGUUGAUCAUCAGAAAACCCACGCAGGUGAGAAGCCAUUUUCAUGCACAGAAUGUGGGGCAUGUUUUACUAAGAAAUCAAGCCUUGUUGAUCAUCAAAGAACUCACACCGGAGAGAGACCAUUUGCAUGCACCGAAUGUAGAAAAUGUUUUUCUCAGAAAUCAAGCCUUGUUGGUCAUCAAAAAACUCACACAGGGGAGAAGCCAUUUUCAUGCUCAGAAUGUGGGAAAUGUUUUACAAAGAAAUCAAACCUUGUUCAACAUCAAAAAACUCACACAGGAGAGAAGCCAUUUUCAUGCACAGAAUGUGGGAAAUGUUUUACUAAGAAAUCAAACCUUGUUGAUCAUCAAAAAACUCACACAGGGGAGAAGCCAAUUUUAUGCACAGAAUGUGGAAAAUGCUUUGCAAAUCAAUCAAAUCUGCUUAAACAUCUGAAAACUCACACAGGAGUGAAGCCAUUUAGGUGCUCAGAAUGUGGUAAAGGUUUUACUCAUAAAUCGUCUUUUGUUGAACAUCUAAGAAUUCACACAGGAGAGAAGACAAUUGAGAGCAAUAAAUGAUGCAGAUAACACAUCUAUAUAUUAAUCAUGUACAUAGGAUAUCUGACAUUUAUACAUAUAUCAUAUACUGCAUCUCCAAACUUGUUCCCAAUUGUUAAUAAAAGUUUUCUUUUAGAACGUAGUCACCGAUCCAGCGAUGUCAUCACUAUAGUUUACAUGGUAGGAAAAGAGUGUGAUAUAUGGUUGUGAUAUUCACUGCUCCUCAUGGAGAAGACCCAACAGGCAUACUCCAUGGGUUUGGGACAGACUUGGGAGCAGAGUCUAAGUAUUCCCCUGGAGUUUACCUUUUAUCCCUUUUAUGCUGAAUACAGAAGCUGGACUUCAGCUGCAGGAGAGAUACCAGGUCGCUGCCUCAAGAAUGGUUCCAGUUAAGUGGCAGCUGCCAAGCACCAAAGAUACAGGCAGGAUGGGGAAUCUGAUGCUGUAGAUGGUAAAAGUGCAGAAAACAGUGUCUGAUGUAGCAGAUCUGAAUAGAUAUUAAUAGCAGAGCUGGGUAGCUCAGAAGCAGUCAGGUGGUGUUAGUUUGCUUAGAAUACAAAGCCGUGGUCGAAAUUCUGGGUCAUAUACUGUAGAAAAUAUACUGGAGAAUAAACAAGGUCCAGCAGGAUCAGACAGAGGCAAAGUCAGGUAACAGGCUUGGGUCAGGAACACAGAACAGACACCUUCACUAGUAGGCAAGUUACAAUAUUGCUCAGGGAACGGUAGGAGCAGAGUCAUACAGGCGGUGCAUGUCCGAGAUUGGAGGACUGGAAUCAGGGAUGUGCAUGAACACUUAAAGAGUACCUGUUAUGAAUAAAAACUUUUAAUAUGUUGUUCAUAAUCAUUAAUGAAGACAUAUUGUAAUAUAUCUUCAUUAAAAAAUAUUAAUAUUUAUACCAGUUUUUUCAUUUUAUACUUUUGGCUACUAGGGGUCUCUCUUCUAUGCCUGGUCUGCAGGCAGCUUCCUAUGCUUUUCAUAGUAAGUGUACAGCUUUUAGGACUAAUGCUGAAGGGCUCUGGUCCUUCCACCGGAAGUUCAGUCCCCCCCCCUGAUAUUCAUCUUAA